AUGAAGCCCGCCGCCCUCGCCGCCGCCGCGCUCUCGCUGUGCGUCUCGCUCGCCAGCGCCGGCGUCGUCCGCACGCCCAUCCGCCCCGACCAGGUCGUCCCCAAGACGGGCGACGACUGCUUCUUUGGCGUCGUGACGCCGCAGGGGUGCGGGCCUCUGAGGACGAGCUAA